GAAGGAACACUGUCAUGCGCCAGAGGAGUGGCGACGAACGAAAGAUGGUUCGAAGUCGGGAAGAUAAGGAAAGGCGGGCACAGGAGGGUCGGCACUGCGUCGUGAGACACAGCUUGAGCAAACCUCGCAAAGAUGGCUUGCAUGGCGCUACCCUGCAACUUCGGUCAGACUAGCACUUCGUGUUCGAAUUUCCGAAAUCCCGGGGUGUCACACACUCCUCCUCAAUUUCUCUUGGGACUCGGUAGUAGGCAGUGUCAGCCAUCGAAAGGCUUGAAAUUUGACACACCGUGUGGGAAUCAUUUCGUUGAGCUGUCUCGAAGCCGUGGACCGGAAAGUAGGAGAUUGCAAGUGAGGUGCUCUGAAGCUGCUGUCUCCACUGGCGCGGGACCUGUCGAAGCGCAGCCGACUUCGAAGAAUGUUCUGGUUGCGGGGGCUACUGGAGGCGUCGGGCAGCUCGUAGUUGCAUCUCUUCUGGAGAAGGGAAUCAAGGUACGGGCAUUACUCAGAAAUGCGGAAAAGGCAAAAGCUUUGUUCGGCGACCAAGGUGAUCGCUUUGAAUUUCGGAUUGCAGAUUGUAGGCAACCUGAUUCUCUAGACCAAUCUGUUGUGGAGGGCGUCACCCAUGUCAUUUGUUGCACAGGCACCACAGCAUUCCCAUCUAAGCGCUGGGAUGGAAAUAAUGGACCCGAGCAAACGGAUUGGCUAGCUGUUAGAAACCUGAUCGAUGCCCUUCCUUCAACCGUAGAAAAGAUUAUAUUGGUGUCCUCGGUCGGAGUAACCAAAUCUGAUCAGUUACCAUGGAACAUAAUGAAUCUCUUCGGGGUGCUCAAAUACAAAAAAUUGGGAGAAGAUUACUUGCGAAACUCGGGCAAGACGUUCACAAUCAUCAGGCCAGGAAGGUUGACGGAUGGGCCCUACACCUCGUAUGAUCUGAAUACAUUGCUCAAGGCAACUGCCGGAACUCGGCGGGAUGUCAUCAUCGGUCAGGGAGACAAACUCGUUGGAGAAGCGAGCAGGAUAGUAGUUGCCGAGGCAUGCGUGAAAGCGUUGGAUCUGGAUUGCACCAACGGCCAAACGUACGAGAUAAGUAGCAUCGAGGGUGAGGGUCCGGGCAAGGACCUGGACAAAUGGAAAAAAUUAUUCAUGUCCGCACAUUCUACAGUUUAGACGAGUAGAAUGUAGGCCAGGCAGCUUAAAAAAAUUCCACAACAAUAUUGACAAAUGAAAGUCAUAUAUUCUCAAAUGCUGCCUUCCAAUUGAAAUUUCACGGUGU